GGAUUGGCAGAGAGAGGGUGGAGGACACUGAAUGGAGGUCAGUGGAGGGAUUGGCAGAGAGGGGUGAGGACACUGAAUGGAGGCCAGUGGAGGGAUUGGCAGAGAGGGGUGGAGGACACUGAAUGGAGGUCAGUGGAGGGAUUGGCAAGAGAGGGUGGAGGGACACUGAAUGGAGGUCAGUGGAGGGAUUGGCAGAGAAGGGUGGAGGACACUGAAUGGAGGUCAGUGGAGGGAUUGGCAGAGAGGGUGGAGGACACUGAAUGGAGGUCAGUGGAGGGAUUGGCAGAGAAGGGUGGAGGACACUGAAUGGAGGUCAGUGGAGGGAUUGGCAGAGAAGGGUGGAGGACACUGAAUGGAGGUCAGUGGAGGGAUUGGCAGAGAGGGGUGGAGGACACUGAAUGGAGGCCAGUGGAGGGAUUGGCAGAGAGGGGUGGAGGACACUGAGCAGCUGGUAAGAUAGAUGAGUAAGUAGCAGAGGGGGAUG